AUGGUGAAGGUUCCAAAAGCAUUGAAGCCUACACUUGACUUUCGUCGUUCAGUAACCAAAGAUAAAAUUUCAACUCCUAUUGCCAUACCAACAAAACACCCACCUUCUAUAUUACCACCCAAGAAGGUGAUUAAAGCAUUGUAUGACUACGAUGCAAGUGCACCACGCGAACUCUCUUUUUCAAAAGGCGACUUUUUUCAUGUGGUUGGGGACGAAAAUGACGCAAACUGGUACGAAGCUUGUAAUCCGGCCACUAAUUUACGAGGACUAGUACCUGUCUCGUAUUUUCAGGUACUCGAAAAAAGUAAUCGACUAAGUGGUAGCGAGAAAAUUGAUCCGAACGCAUUCUACGACCCGUCAAUUGGCGGACAGAAACCUCAGCCAUUAUAUGGAAUCGUGUUGUAUGAUUUUGCUGCUGAACGCCCCGAUGAACUUAAUGCUAAAGCUGGUGAGCCUAUUAUCGUGAUUGCACAAUCGAAUCAUGAAUGGUUUGUUGCGAAGCCGAUUGGACGUCUUGGUGGACCUGGAUUAAUCCCUGUUAGUUUUGUCGAGAUAAGGGAUCAUUCAACGGGCAAAGCAAUUGAAAAUAUACAGGAAUUAAUGGAUAAUUCAAUUGUUCCAAGAGUAGAAGACUGGAAGAAAAUGACACAGGAUUACCAAGAGGCGAGUAUUUCAUUAGGGAGAUUGGAGUUCGCUGGCGAUUCUAAAUUCAUGCCGACUGGAAUCGAAUCAGAUCCUAAAUUAGCUCCUGUUGGUAUGAUGGAUCAAGGGAAUAAUAUGGAAUAUGAUCCAAAACUCGCUCCAAUGGGAGUUGGUGGUGGAUUUGAAUAUGCAACCGAACAAUCAUAUGAGUAUGGUGGUGGGUACGUUGCAGGAAGACAUUCAAAUGGAUCAGAUACACUGCCAAUGAUACCAAAUUCAUCCACUUUACAGAAUAAAUUAUCUCCAUCAUCUCCUCCGUUGCUACCAUCAAAUGUUCUUAAUAAUUUCAAUAAAAUCAACCACAACCACUACCAGAAUAAUGAAAGAUCAUCCGGAGGUAUACUGGACGAAAUAAAUACCGCGUCAGUCGACUCGUUUCAUUUUCAGGAUGAUCGAUAUUGGUUUUUGGUCAGAGUUGAAUUAUCAUCAGGUCGAUUCCGUAUGUUAUAUCGAUUAUAUGAGGACUUUUAUGAAUUUCAAAUUGCUCUCUUAAAUGAAUUCCCUGCUGAGGCUGGGCGCACCGGACAACAGAGAAUUUUACCUUUUAUGCCGGGCCCACUUUCAUAUGUGAACGAUAUGAUUACAGCACAACGACGAGCUGAUUUGGACGUUUAUGUUAAGGAAUUAUUAAAUUUACCAGAUUACAUAUUACAACAUCCACAAUUACAACAGUUAUUUGGUAUACGAGAAGGUGAUUCUGAGACUGCGUAUGAUCCAAGAAAUAACAAUGAUUCGAGAGUAAAUGGAAAUAAUUCAAUAAGGAAACAAACCUCAAUGACCAAUGGCGCAGGAAAUGGAGGUGGACUAUUUAAACAUUCGCAUAACGGAUCUUCGUCAUCUUCAUCAAUUGCUGGUACUGGUAGUGGACACAAUAAACAUCAAACACUCUCACAUCAAGACUCUAAUCCACAAAUGCGUUCAAAUAAUAACACACAAAUUAAAGGAACGAAUGGAAAAGCAAAUUUUAUUAAAAUUAAAAUAUUCUAUCAAGAAGAUCUUAUUGCGAUACGCGUGCCCGCAGAGGUCUCUUUUGCAGCAUUACGAGAGAAAUUAUACGAUCGUCUUAAAGGACAUGUCACAAGUUUACAUUAUAAAGAUGAGAGAACCGGUGAAUCAUUUGAACUUGAAGGUGAUGCCGAUUUACAAGCUGCAAUAGCAAAAACUCCAAAAUUAGUAAUUUAUGCCGAAUAA